AAGAAGAUUUUCCUGAAAAUAUUUCUGAAAUAUCACAAAUAUCUCAAUCUACAGCUGUUUCAGAUAAUUUUAUUACUAGAGAAUCUGAUAGUAAAGGGCAUUACAGUGCAAAAUACAAAUAUUGUAUUAAAAGAAAUUGGCAAUAUGGAAGACCUGCUAUUAUAGA